GAAGAAGUGCAACGCAGAGAUGCUGCGCAGAUGCGCACCCAUCUGCACCGCGAAGGUGCGGCAAGACAUCGCUCAGAACUCGGAGGACUUCUCCCCGUACAUCAUGCGGGCUCAUGCCCGUCGGAACCUCUGGAAGCUGACUCCGCACGUGCCACUGGACCUGGAUACGUUCAGCUUCUGGGUCUUCCUCAACUGGAUCCAGACGAAUAGCCCCUACCAGCGGGCCGAGAACGAGUCGCUCCCAGCCACGAUGCGCCGCGUGGCCCUCUUCAUCGCGGACCCGGGCCAGGCGCACGUCGAGGUGGAUGCCGCGAUCCCCGCAUCGAAGCCAGCGCCCGCACGGGCCGUCGCGGCCCUGGCGCCGAAGGCCCCCGCGGGCCCCCAGGAGGCCCUCCACUUCACGACUGAGGACCUCCAGGCGUUCCACCCCCAACGACUGCGCCAGGCCAGCAGACCCAGGUCCAUCGAGUGGGCGGCAGGCGAGAAGAUCCCGACCGAAGAGGACCCGCAGGCUCUGCGGAGCCGCUUCUGGGCUUACCAGAAGGCCUUGGAUGCGAUCAGUUCAUCGAAGAGCAAGGGUGGGAAGGGGGGCAGGAAGGGGAAAAAGCAUAUGCCGCCAAACAUCUUUGCAGUCGUUAGGGAGAAGGCCGAGGCUUUGGGCGUGCAGUUCGACGAGAGCAAGCUCGGUGACCUCGCGCAGCUUCUGGCCGCC